GGUUUCUUCUUCUUCUUCUUUAUCUGCAAGAAGAACACAUGGUUUAAAGCUUCGAAUCUCUCCCUUUGCUUCAUCUCAUAUCUAAAUCACCCCACUCAAGAUUUCAAAUUCCCUAGACCUUUGUAUUUUUUUUUUUAUAAAUUCUUUCUAAAUUUUAUUCUCACAUUAAUCCUAAUAAAACCACACUGUCUUUACUCUGUUUUUGUUUCUUCUCUACUCUGUUUCUUCUUCCAACAUUGAACCCACAAAAAAAUAAUACUUAUCGCCUUCUUCUCUCUGAAAAACUGAAAACUUUAUCAAAAUGGCUUCAUCUUCAUCACUGUUAUCUCCAUCUUCGUAUACAGAGCUCAAAGAUGCUUGGCAUCCAUCAACAACAGCGGUGGACACAACUGAAUCAAGCUACUGGUUUAAUUGGAGGGUAAUGAUAUGCUGUGUAUGGAUGGCUGUAGCCACUGUGAUCACUGCUUUUCUUAUAUUCAAAUACGAAGGUUAUCGCCGGAAACGAAGCAGUGACGGUGAUGCCGACGGAGGAGAGAAAGAGUGGUCGGGAAAUGUAUAUGAAGACGAGACUUGGAGGCCUUGUCUUCGUAAUAUUCAUCCAGCUUGGCUUCUUGCUUUUCGAGUCGUUGCCUUCUUCGUUCUUCUUAUUAUGUUGAUUGUUAUUGGCCUCGUCGAUGGACCGACCAUCUUCUUCUACUACACACAGUGGACUUUUGCUCUGAUCACUCUCUAUUUUGGAUUAGGCUCGCUUCUUUCGCUCCACGGAUGUUACCAAUACAACAAAAGAGCAGCUGGUGAUAGAGUAGAUAGCAUUGAAGCCAUAGACUCAGAGAGAGCAAGAUCCAAAGGAGCUGAUAAUUCUAUUCAACAAAGCCAAUACUCUAGUAAUCCAGCUGGCUUUUGGGGAUACGUUUUUCAGAUAAUCUUUCAGAUGAAUGCAGGUGCGGUCUUGCUCACUGACUGUGUCUUCUGGUUCAUCAUUGUUCCUUUCCUUGAGAUCCAUGAUUAUAGCCUCAAUGUUCUGGUGAUCAACAUGCACUCCCUAAACGCGAUUUUCUUGCUUGGUGAUGCUGCUUUGAAUUCUCUGAGCUUUCCAUGCUUCAGAAUUGCUUACUUCUUCUUCUGGACAAUAGCCUAUGUUAUAUUCCAAUGGGCUCUCCACUCCCUAGUCCAUAUAUGGUGGCCUUACCCAUUCCUAGACUUAUCAUCACACUAUGCUCCACUAUGGUAUUUCUCAGUUGCAGUGAUGCAUUUGCCAUGCUAUGGAGCCUUUGCCUUGUUGGUGAAGCUAAAACAUCGGCUAUUACAAAGAUGGUUUCCUGAGUCUUACCAGAGUCCUCGGUAGUAGCUUGCAACGCAAGAGCAAGCAACCGUGUUUGAUUUGAAGCUUUUGUUUUUCUUAAGUAGAAAGAAUGAUUUUUGAAAGAUACAGAAUGAAAAAAAAAGUGUGGAGCAAGCAAACUCAUGCUUAUAAAUAUAACUUAUUCUUUGCAGUAUUUUUAUUUAGCUGUUUUAUAAGAAGGUGAAUAAAAGGAAAAAUGUGGAUCAAAAUAAUUCCAUCAGAAGAAAUUUGUGCAGAA